UUUGUUUGUUUCUCGUCGGUUCAAAAUUGCUAGAUGCAACGUUUGGUAGCAUCUUGUUCAAAACACGCAUACACAAGAUACGUAACAAACCCAUCCCUACCUAACCCAAACCUGUGUGAUGUUUUCAUCAGUCAUCGUAGGAUCGACACCAAGAAGACUAUUUCAGGUCUAUUACAUGAUCAUUUCACUAGGCUACAUAUAAACUGUUUUCUGGAUAGCAAGAGUUUAAAGCCUGGGGAUAGACUUCUCUUUGGGAUCGAUGCAGCGAUCAGAGAGUGCAGUGUUGGUAUCGCAAUUUUUUCUCCUCGUUACUGCGACUCUUACUUCUGUCUCCAUGAACUCAUGACACUCAUGGAAAACAAAAAGAGAAUCAUCCCAAUCUUUUGCAAUGUCAAGCCAUCGGAACUCUGCGUUAAGGAUGACCGCACACGUCCGGCUGCUGAGAUCCGGAGGCUUCAAUUGGCUCUCGAGGAAGCAAAAUACACCGUAGGACUCACGUUUGACACAUCUAAUGGAGACUGGUCAGAGUUCUUGACUAUGGCAUCGGAUGCUGUCACCGAGAAUUUGUUAGAUGUUGAAGAGGGGAGAUUAAGGAGCACUAACCCCAACGUACAAGAACAGAUCUGCGUAGGUCGAUCAAUACAACAAUCAAUAGUAAAGCGUGUUUUAUCUUCUCUUUAUUAA